AUGACCGACUACGAGAGCCUGGCGGGCAUGUUUGCCAGGAUCUUGUCAAAGGAGACCCUCAACGAUGCACCAUCACGACCCCCAGGAUUCACGACUACGACGCCUCCUAGAGUUUGCUACCACACAAUCUGCACCAAAAUACCGAUAAUCAAUAAUCUUCCCCUUCCUCCGGAGCUCAGAGAUGAGAUAUACAGCUAUCUACUGCAGGCCGGCGCCGUGCGCCACUUCUCGACUGGAGCAGAGACACCGAUCAGCCUUCGCAACAUGCUGAGCGCCGCUCACACCUACCGAUUCGAGGCGGCUCUGUUUGGAGUGAACAAGCGCAUUGCACGUGAAAGCCAAGAAUUCUUCCGGAAGCACAAUCGGUUCGUUUUGCUGAAGUACAACUCACCCAGCUUCGAAAAGCAACUCCAUGCAUUGGACGUUCCUAUCGUCGCAAUGAACCCACUUCAUCAUCCCGAGGCCUCGCUUGAAGUCACCAUAUUCUGGCCGUUCGGACCCUACUAUACCAUCCACACGGACAAUGGAGAAGCACCUCCUGAGGAAGAGACAGGCACGGUACUUAUGUUGUUGCAAGAUCUGCCAAAACUCCUAAGCAUGCUGAAAUUUGUCUGCCAUUACGCGAACGGACCGAUCACAUACAUCACAUCGGCGCGCAGCGCACCCCUACAGCUCGAGCGGAGUCUCAAACGCGACCUGCCAAUCGUGUCCUUCGAAGUUCUGCGCACAGGCGGCACUCAUCACCUUUCACUCGCCGAAGAGACAACAGUGCUUCAGGGUAUUGCCACAGUACUCGGUCUUGGGCGUCAUCUUGAGUUGAUUGGCUUCAAGGCUGUAUCCGCAUCAGAACUCGAGCAAAUCAAGCUUACUGUGGCACCAACACUGGCAUGCUUGCGUGGUCUGCUGUGGGAGAGGCUCGAUACUAUGCUAGCACACAAACAAGACGUCGACGAGUUGGCCUUGUGCGGAAGACUGGAUCUCGCCGCGCGCAAGUACCGAUUCCUUCUCGACUUCGCACGAUGUGGCAGUUUGUGGCCAUGUCAACGCCAUCCCAUCUUCAUCGACAAUGACUCUUAUAACGCACUUUUGCGAUAUGACAUACUUGUCCAUGACCUCUUUUACUCUCAUGCAGUGGCACUGAUUAGCUCGGCUCGAUGCGAAGAGUUUGAGCUGCGUCAAGCCUUCAACAACGUCUGCAUAUGCUCAUCUUCCUCCCAUUUUUAUCAGCUAAACACUGCCGCGAGAGAUAGAUACACCUGGCUCGUCUGCGCUGUAGGGCUAGCUGGCAUUGCUCGAUACGGAAACAUACAGCACAACAUCAUUGUCCAAUGGAUGAAGGCGAGCGACUUUGAUCGGUCGCAUGCUGCGGACCCGAUUAAGUCCUACCUCGAAUUGUUCAGGCCAGGAUCAACUAUCAGGCUACCAUCUCCGUCCCUGACUAGCAAAGUACUUCCCGUGACACUCUCCAACUCUCAGAACGACACCGCCGUACCUCCGCGGCCAAAAACCCUUUCUUGCUGGCAGGACGAGAUGCGAUUGACGGAGUUGACAGCCGAGGAACGGCAGGUCAUAUACAAGUUUCAGUACAACGGUCAUCUGCCGAUCACCAAAUUCGAGUAG